AUGGUUGAUUUGACCCUCUUUUUUAACUUUGCCUAGCCGUGCCGGGAAUAAGAUGAGUUGGGUAAUAUGUCGCAUAUGCCAUAAGUGUAGAGGGCAAUAUUGUCCAAACUAACGUGCACUGACACGGUGCUGACCAUUUUCAGGCACUUGAUAGUGAUGAAAAGUCAUUUUGACAGAUUUUCACCAGAAUUACAAGGUAUUUAUGUCUGUGGCAGCCAAAAUUUUAUAAGGUGCAGGAAAAUGUAGAAAUGAAAGGAGAAACAAAAAAUUUCUGUAAAUAAAGUGAAAAGGUGGGCUAAAGUAUGGACCCACUUUUCACUUAAUUUACAGAAAUCGAAUCAUUGGUAAACUGUUGAUUGCCGUGCGGAUAUCCGAAACCGCGGGUCCUUGGGAGCCAUUCCUUUUAAGUGGGUGGCAGUUUCCUCUACUGUAACAGGACACUUUUUGGGAAAGCGUCCUGUUACAGUAGAGACGCUUUCCUUUUGGGACGCUUUUGGGAAAGUGUCUGAAUAGAAUCAGAUCGAUGGGAUGCGAAGCGGGACCCCUCCAUUGAUCGAGAGGGAAUCUCCCAGGUGGAUUUUUAACCAGAGAUUGGCCUUCAGGAGUUAGGCUGUUGAAGAGGAUCCAGAAUACCACGCGCCAGUCCAGAAGAGUUGCUGGUGGAAAGCCUUUUACCUACAUGUCCGAGAAAGAAUGGUCUUCCAGUUGGCAGAGCAUUUUCUUUUAUGGUUUUAUGGGUUUUGGCAGGAGAGGGGACGAAAUCCUCUUUUCUGCCUCCUCAUAUUUAAGAAAAGAAAACAAAAUCUCUUCUCACUGUCUUUGUUUUUUCUUAUAUUUUCAGCGAUGUUUUGCGGUGCCCUGAACAGCUACCACCAGUAUGUCUUGUUCGAAAACUACCGCCACUUUUCUCAUCUGUCCACCUUGGAGAGGGAGAUGACUUUCCGAACAGAGAUGGGUCUUUAUUAUUCUUAUUUUAAAACAAUCGUAGAAAGUAAAUCAAUUUCUGAAGGACUUCAUAACAUUAUGUAUAAUAAUUUAACCGAGUAUCCAAGCACGAUAAAUACAUUAAAACGAUUUAAUCUUUAUCCCGAGGUUAUAUUGGGAAUAGGAUAUAGAUUUUUUGUGAAUAUUGCACAGCGUUUUCAAAUUAACAUAAAGCAGUGCUGGACGGUUUCGAGAGGAGAUGAUCUUCCUCCAGUUGAGAGUUGUGAAGGUCUUGGAGAACCUGCAUAUUUUUAUAUCACAGCAGUUUUCUUGUGGAAUGGACUUGUUAGUGGUCUUAUAUUUCUAUAUGGAAAAAUGUUAAGCAAUUCGUUUCUUGGUGGAAUUUUAGCAGUGUCUGGCUUUUUCUUCAAUCAUGGUGAGGCAACUCGUGUUCAGUGGACUCCACCAUUGAGAGAGAGUUUUGCGUAUCCAAUACUCUUAGCACAGAUGCUGAUGAUAACAAAAACUUUGAGGGAUAACAGAAAAAGUUGGAGUAACUUUUUAAUAAUUUCGAUAUUAACUAUAAUAUCCAUUUUGUUUUGGCAAUUUUCUCAGUUUGUUCUGCUAACUCAAAUAAUGGCUAUAUUUGUAACUUAUAUGCUGGGAUACGUUGCUACUGAAACUUUACAAAUGAUUAUAAUCAGUGAGAUGUGUUCAUUAUUAAUAAGUUACGUUCUCAUGUUUGGAAACGAAAUGCUUCUAACAUCUUUUUUUGCAUCUACGUUACUAAUAUCAUAUUUUUUAUCUGUAAUUAAUGAAUCUUUAAUGAAAUUUAAAGUACCAGUUUUCAUUUGGAUAUUUCAAUUACUUACGUUACUUGUGGGUUCGUUUAGUAUUAAAUUGGCAGUUUCAUUUAUUCUUCAAGUGAAGCAUGAUGAUCAUAUAUUAAAUAUAUUAAAAUCUAAAUUUACUUCAUAUAAAGAUUUUCAUACAUUAUUAUAUACUUGUGCAGCCGAAUUUGAUUUUAUGGAUUUUGAGACAAUAAUAAUACUCAGCAAAACACUAUUGUUACCAUCGGCCAUUGCAACUGUUAUCUGUUUGGCAUUUCAGAUUUUCGGAAGGCGAUACAAGAAAUACAAACUUGACAUGUCUGACGGAGCGGUGAUGUACAACGUUUUUCAACUGGGAGCGUUUUCCCUGGCAGCCAUUCUGGUCAUGAGACUGAAAUUAUUUUUCACUCCACAUCUCUGCAUAGCAACGUCCAUGUUGGCAUCCGUUGAGCAUUUCGGUGGUAUUGGAAGAUACCAGAAUGCCCUAGUGGUGUUGCUGAUAGCAGCAACUGGCAUCGAGGGACUGAGGAACGUCCAAUCGCAGCGCCAGGUAAUUGGGGAAUACAGCAAUCCCGCUCUGGAAGAGUUAUUGGAAUGGGUGUCUUUGAACACACCGGCUGAUUCGGCCUUUGCCGGUCCCAUGCCCACCAUGGCCAAUCUGAUGCUGUCCACCGGGCGACCCAUCGUCAAUCAUCCACACUACGAAGAUGCCGGUCUCAGGGAACGAACCAAGAAAGUCUACACAUUAUUCAGCAGGAAGCCAGCACAAGAAGUCCAUCGAAUUCUGCAAUCGACUGGAGCCCGAUACGUGGUGUUAGAGCGUCGCUGGUGUUUUGGCCAAACCAGGGAGGGAUGCAGAAUGGUGGAUGCCUGGGACCUAGAAGAUCCCGAAAAUGCAGACAGAGAGCCAUUGUGCCCCAGUCUCUUUGUCCGCCCCCAGCCCUUUCGACCCCUCUUCCGGAAUUCAGAAUAUGCAGUCCUCCAACUCUAGUUUGCCUCUCUCAAUAGCAAACCGUCAAAUUACACAAACAGAUUUUUUGAAAAGAUUUAAAUAAAAGCCAGGCAAAUCUGGAAUA